CGUGGCCGGAAGCCGGCGGAGGCGCCGAGUGGGCCCGCGCGCCCGCGGCCAUGGCCGACAAGUUCGACCACCUGGAGGAGCACCUGGAGAAGUUCGUGGAGAACAUCCGACAGCUCGGCAUCAUCGUCAGCGACUUCCAGCCCAGCAGCCAGGCCGGCCUCAACCAGAAACUGAAUUUCAUGGUCACCGGCCUCCAAGAUAUUGACAAAUGUCGACAACAACUUCAUGAUAUUAGUGUUCCUUUAGAAGUUUUUGAAUACAUAGAUCAAGGUCGUAAUCCCCAGCUAUACACCAAAGAGUGUCUGGAGAGGGCUCUGGCGAAAAAUGAGCAGGUGAAAGGCAAAAUCGAUACCAUGAAGAAAUUUAAAAGCCUGUUGAUUCAAGAGCUUUCCAAAGUUUUCCCAGACGACAUGGCUAAAUACAGAAGUACCCGAGGUGAAGAUCACCCCCCGUCUUAACAAGAACAGUACGCUUUCCCUCUGUCCGAAGACAGCGUGACGUUCUUGGGAAAUGUCUGGCCGAGGGGUGGCCCUCGCGAUUAAGGUUUUCAUGCAAUGCACGUGGCAUAUAGAGAAGCGAGGCGCUCUUCUUGUGAUUCCGUCCUCCCAAAGGCCACUCUGUUUUUCCUCAAGACUCAUCUCGUGAAGCUUCCCUGGCGAAUGACUCUUUCAAGCUGUAGAAGGUACAUAAUACUGCAACAGUUCUCUACCCACAAAGCGCGUUUUUGGGGUCGAGAAGAGUCUUGUUGUUUCAUCGCUAAGUGCCGGAGCAUUGUUAAAUGUGAAUCCCAUGGAAGUGAAUUAUAGUAAUGGCGUAGGAUAUUGCCAACCUUAAACGUUUUAGAAGAUUAAGCCUCAUUGGUCUGUGGAAAUUCUGUGAGCUUGGGAAGUUCAUUCGUAUCGGUCAAUUCUAGUCUGUUUUGCUACCGUUUCAAGAAAAAAAAUUCCGUUUUUUCUGAUUGAUGUGUGAAGUUCUUAAAUAUGAGUGGUAGUGUUUGUAUUUGUACAGUCACGUGUCAUGCACCACGUAAGUCUUUCUGUUGAGUGUAAUUAUAUUUCCAUUGGUUUAAAUUAGGACAAGUAUUUAUAAUAAACAUUUUAAAUUACAUUUGA